AUGGCCUUCCACAGCGUCGUCUCUCGGGGCGCUUUUGCCACGACCAAGUUUGUGAACAAGUUUCGCGGAUGGCUCUCUCCCCCACCGAUUGGGGCCAAGGAGCAGCUUGUUGCAUACGCCAACAACUUCAAGUUCCCAGUGGGGUAUCAGGAAGCCCAGAUCAUCAACGAAAUGAAGCUGGUAGGCUUGGAGGAGAUGAGGGCAGUUGCAGCUUUUGAAUGUGCCACGUCUGUGCUCAAGGAGAAGAUGCGGGCUGAGCUUGUGGGAAAGCGCGUCCCCGAAAUUGUGACUGACAGCAUUCUUGCUGGUAUUGAAGGCGUGAAGAAGUACACAAAUUCCUGGGAAGAAUUUGCCGUGGAUCCAGCGGGCACUGGCCAUAUCUUCAAAACAACACUCAUCAUGUCACUCAACCCUCAAGAUGACUCUCAGAUGCAAGUUGCUAUGGCAGUGUCUGGGGCAAAGUUUAAUGCAGCCAAAGAAGUAGCCUACACUAACAAGGAGACAGUUCCGGUGUACGAACCGCGUGUGAGCUAUGUGCAGACUAUCGAGAGUGGAUUCUUCGGUGACUACAAAGUGCCACGGAAGAUUGAGACGCAAGAGCAAGUGGGCACCCGCACCUUGGAGACUCCCAUCUUCAAGGAACGUGCCUUCGGCAAGGCGGAUUUGGAAGUCAUCAAGCUUUUUCUGGAAGGCAAAGCGCUCAACGAGGCCAUUGUGCUCUACGGUUGCUGCGGCUAG